AUAUUCAUUUUUAACUAACAAACUUCACCAAAAUACUCUAAAGUGAUUAAAAUAACUUAAAAUAUUUUCAAAAAAAUGUAAAUACUUGUUGACAUUUUAUGUAGUAAUUCUACGUUAGACAAAAGACUCAACAUACUUUUACCAAUUGAACAAAUCCUGUAUAUAUAACAUCCACUAGUCACUAUCAUCAUCUUAUUUUAUUUUUAUAAUCUUUAAUCAAGUUGACUUCCUUUCUGUUUGACUAUGAAUGUUAAAAAGGUUUUGGAUGUAGACUCCUCCUAUAUAAUAGAACAGACUAACAAAUAAACCUUUUAAUCUUGCAGAAGCUAAGCAUUAUUUAAGGAGACUAAUAAAAUAAGAGAGAGAAAGAAAUCUAUGUGUGAAGCACGUUUGAUGAAGGCAUGGCAUGGCUUGAACUUGUCUUUCACAGCUCACCAAUUUAUCAUUUUUAGAUAUAUAUAGUUGGCCGACCAUCAAAUAAACAAUUAAUUAAAGAAAUCUAAACACUAAACAAGAAACUUACAAACAUCCUAUUCGCAUAAUCCACUUUUCCUUAUUACAAUACAUACCAUGUUCUCGUUAAGACAUGAACUCCAAUCUAAUUAUUCGGCAAUGACAAAGCGAAUAAAAUAAAAAAAUAUUUUUUUUUUUUUUUGCAAAGGCGAAAAGGGAUCGAAAUUUGCGAACAUCUGAAAGUAAUCUUCUUGUGAUUUCGAGUGAGAGAGGACAGCUUCAAUAUUCCUGUUUCUCUCCUCUUGAACUACAAUCACAUUCAAGUGUUUUGAAAUUGUGAAUCAGAGUUUGCUCCUUUCUGGGUUUUAAUUUUCUUCCUGAUUUGAUCCUUUUUCCUGAUCAGUUUUGGAUUCUCCCAUGGGUUUCUGAUUCUGGGUUGUUCGAAAGUUCCUUACUUUGGUGUUUUUCUCUUUCUGAUUUCAACCCUUAAGGCUUAAGCUAUGGCUUGGAAUGAGACUAAACUAAAGAGGCUCUAUCAAGUUUGGAGGGGAAGCAAUAAAUUUCUAUGUGGCGGGAGGUUAAUCUUUGGUCCAGACGCAUCAUCUCUAUAUCUAACAACCAUCUUGAUCCUUGCUCCCUCCGUGACGUUCCUUGUAAAAAUGUACUUAAAAAUGGAAGAUCCUCGCACCAAGCAUCCAAAACUCUCUAUUCCAAUUCUCGCCGUGUCUUGGAUCCUCACCCUUUUGUUUUCUUACAGGACAUAUUCUUCCUAUUCAUGACAUCUGGUCGAGACCCCGGGAUUGUCCCUAGAAGUUUAAAGCCUCCUGAAUCAGAUGAUGUACCUGAUUCAACUACUCCUUCCAUGGAAUGGGUUAGUGGUAGAACACCAAAUAUAAGGCUACCAAGAGUCAAAGAUGUUAAGGUUAAUGGCCAUACCGUAAAAGUCAAGUUCUGUGACACUUGUUUGCUUUACCGUCCACCUCGUGCUUCUCAUUGUUCCAUCUGCAACAACUGUGUACAGAGAUUUGAUCAUCACUGCCCUUGGGUUGGUCAGUGCAUUGGACUGAGAAAUUACCGGUUCUUCUUCAUGUUUAUAUCAACAUCAACCACUCUGUGCAUAUAUGUGUUUGCGUUUUCUUGGAUGAACAUAUUUCAAAGACAUAUGGAUGAGAGGAUUAGCAUCUGGAAAGCUAUAUCUGAAGAUGUUUUAUCGGAUAUUCUCAUAGUUUACUGCUUCAUUACCGUUUGGUUUGUUGGUGGACUCACUAUAUUUCAUUCUUAUCUCAUCUGCACUAACCAGACUACUUAUGAGAAUUUUCGGUACCGAUAUGAUAAGAAGGAGAAUCCAUACAACAAGGGGGUACUAGGGAAUAUAUGGGAGAUAUUUCUCUCUAAGAUUCCUCCAUCUAUGAACAAGUUUAGAUCAUUUGUGAAGGAAGAAGACUAUAUGAUGGUUGAAACUCCUACUUCAAAUCCAGGCCAAAGUCUAGUUAACUCGAAAGAGAAGAUAGAUAUUGAAAUGGGAGGUGGAAGGGUUGUUGAUGAGGGUAGAAAAAGUUACUCACUCCCUGAGCUUCUCAGGAAUCUAAACUAUGAAGACCUUGAGGAUGAUUGUGAGGAGGAUGACUUGAAGUCCAAAGAUCAUCAUCACCACCACCAUCAUGAUCAGAAUGAGGCAAUCAUCCCUCCUUUUGACCCUUUUUUUACCAGUGAAAGUGGUGUUAACAAGGAUCAGAGAGAGGGACAAGAGUCAAGAGGAUCUUCAAGUGAUGAUGAUGGAUUUGCAGGGAAGCGCGUUGGAGUCUCGAGUGAUGAUGAAGAAAAGAAUGAAGGGUAUGAACAAAAAUGGAGUGCCGGAAGUGUAUAUACAAACGCAAGAUCUGAAGAUGGAACAAGCUCUCCUCAGUCUACUUCACCAAUGCUUCGUAAAUAGAGAGAAGGGCUUGAAGCUGGAGAAGUGGAGAUCGUUCUUUAUCAUUCUUUUAACUGUGUUUCAUAUAAUUGUUGAGAAAAAAAAAUCCAGAAAUAAGAAACAUUGUAGGUUUCGUGAGCUUGAGCAUUAGAUUUUUUUAUUUAUUUAAAAUUUCUAGUUGUGUUUAUAUUACCAGAAUGUCUCAUCUGGAUAUCACCAGCUCCACAUAUUUUCUCAUAUUUUUGUUUUUAAAAAGAUUUGGACCACGAAUUUGUAAUUUGUAAUGUAUACAAAUUGUAUUUCUGAAUUAUUUUCCCCUA